CCUCCCUCUCUCUCUCUCUCUCUCUCUCUCCAGCCCUCACUGUUCGGCAGUAAGCACUCCUCACUCUUACUGGUACCCAUUUCCCCCGUUCAGCCUCCUCCGUCAUAAACCUCUCUAGUCUUCACCUGUUUAUAUAUAGCUGCCACUCCAUUUCUGGACUCACCCAUUUCAAUGGCGCCUCUCUUUUUCCUUUGCUUUCUCUCUGUGUUUUCUCUUGCUUCUUCUGCUUCACGGGCUGGUGAAAAAACCUUCAUUGUCAGGGUUCAGUAUGAUGCCAAACCCUCAAUUUUUGCUACCCAUAAGCACUGGUACGAGUCUUCUCUUGCUUCGGUACUUUCCACCACUGAGGCCCCCAGCAUAAUCCAUACUUAUGACACUGUUUUUCAUGGCUUCUCCGCCAAGUUGUCUUCCUUGGAGGCGCUGAAGCUCCAAACACUUCCCCAUGUGGUUGCUGUCAUUCCGGAGCAGGUUAGGAGGCUGCAGACAACAAGAUCGCCUGAGUUUUUGGGUCUCAAGACCACUGACAAUGCUGGGUUACUCAAGGAAUCUGAUUUUGGGUCCGAUCUUGUGAUUGGGCUUUUUGAUACCGGGAUAUGGCCCGAGCGGCAGAGUUUUAAUGACCGGGAUUUGGGUCCGAUUCCUGCGAAAUGGAAAGGGCAGUGCGUGACGACGAAGGAUUUUGGAUCGAGUUCGUGUAAUAAGAAGCUUAUUGGAGCGAGAUUCUUCUACAAUGGGUACGAGGCAACGAACGGGAAGAUGAAUGAAACCUCGGAGUACAAGUCGCCAAGAGAUUCGGACGGACACGGGACCCAUACGGCGUCCAUAGCCGCCGGGAGGUAUGUCUUUCCUGCUUCCACAUUGGGAUAUGCACAAGGGGUGGCCGCGGGUAUGGCGCCCAAGGCGAGACUCGCCGCUUAUAAGGUCUGCUGGAAUUCGGGGUGCUACGACUCUGAUAUUCUUGCUGCGUUUGACGCCGCCGUUGCUGACGGCGUCGACAUUAUUUCGCUCAGCGUGGGUGGUGUUGUUGUGCCGUAUCAUCUCGAUUCCAUUGCGAUUGGAGCUUUCGGUGCUACUGAUCGAGGGAUUUUUGUGUCUGCUUCUGCCGGAAACGGUGGUCCCGGUGGGCUUACGGUGACCAAUGUUGCUCCAUGGGUCACCACCGUUGGUGCUGGGACCAUCGAUAGAGAUUUCCCUGCUGAUGUUAAACUUGGUAAUGGGAAGACGUUGCCCGGAGUUAGUAUAUACAAUGGGCCUAGUUUGACUCCCGGUCGGAUGUACCCGUUAGUGUAUGCCGGAAGUCAAGGCGGUGAUGAGUAUUCGGCUUCUCUGUGUUUGGAUGGUUCUUUAGAUCCCAAUUUCGUUAAAGGAAAAAUCGUUGUGUGUGAUAGAGGGAUCAAUUCCAGGGCUGUGAAAGGAGAGGUUGUGAAGAAAACGGGUGGGAUUGGAAUGAUUUUGGCAAAUGGAGUUUUUGACGGCGAAGGCUUGGUCGCCGAUUGCCAUGUUCUUCCAGCAACUGCCGUCGGUGCAUCCGCUGGUGAUGAGAUUAGGGGGUACAUCAAUGCUGCGUUGAAAUCAAAAUCGCCAGCCACAGCCACCUUUGUUUUCAAGGGAACCCGGUUGCAUGUCCGGCCAGCUCCUGUGGUGGCCGCAUUUUCAGCACGAGGGCCUAAUCCAGAGACGCCGGAGAUUCUGAAGCCCGAUGUAAUUGCUCCAGGAUUAAACAUUCUAGCUGCUUGGCCUGAUAAAAUCGGCCCAUCGGGGGUUCCAUUGGAUAAGCGCACAACCGAGUUCAACAUCCUUUCGGGUACUUCAAUGGCUUGCCCUCAUGUUUCUGGGUUGGCGGCGCUGUUGAGGGCAGCACACCCUGCAUGGAGCCCCGCCGCCAUCAGGUCCGCCCUGAUGACCACCGCAUACACGGUUGAUAACAGAGGAGAAACAAUGCUUGAUGAAUCUACCGGAAACACUUCAACGGUAUUAGAUUUUGGUUCAGGUCAUGUCCACCCAACCAAGGCAUUGGACCCCGGUCUCAUCUACGAUUUAUCUACAAUGGAUUAUGUGGAUUUCUUGUGCAAUUCCAAUUACACACUCAACAACAUUCAGGUAAUCACUAGGAAGAAAGCAGACUGCGGUGGUGCAAAGAGGGCCGGGCAUAUUGGUAACCUAAAUUACCCAUCAUUUUCCGCUGUGUUUCAACAAUAUGGCAAGCAUAAGAUGUCUACCCAUUUCAUCAGGACAGUGACAAACGUUGGGGACCCAAAGUCAGUCUACACGGUCAAAAUCCUGCCUCCUAGUGGAUCGGUGGUGACAGUGAAGCCGGACCGACUCGUGUUUAGGAGGGUGGGGCAGAAAUUGAACUUUCUAGUGAGGGUGCAAGUCAGGCAAAUCAAACUCUCUCCGGGGAGCAACAGCGUGAAGACUGGCUCUCUAGUUUGGUCUGAUGGAAAGCACAAUGUCACAAGUCCCUUGGUUGUGACAAUGCAGCAGCCUCUCUAAUUUUGUUUGAAUUUUAGGAAUUUUGUUCUAGUUCGUUCGUGUUAUUACAUAUAUAUUAUGAGAGUAAGAUUCUGUUUUCUAUAUCAGAAAGCGGGUGGAGUUUGGGUUGUAAUGUGAAGAGAAGAAAGGACGAAGUGACCGCAGGGUGCGUGUAAUGUAUCUUUGCUGUAAGAUCGAGAACCAUGAAUGUUGUGUAGAUGUAGAAAUAUAUGCUUAAAAUGCUUUGUUUUCAGAUGUCAUGGAAAAUGAGAAAAAGAUGGAAAAGUGAAGGUCGGUGCUUUUCCAUAUUUCAAAGCUAUACAACUGCAUUACAGAGAACCACCAUGACAAUGACAUUCUUGA